UCACACCAUUUCAAAAGUUGCGAUUCCAGCCUUUAGUUCAUUAUGAAGCAUUUAGAAGUACUAACGUUCGCUGUUUUCGCAGCUACUUGGAUAGCCAUAUCACAAGGCCUAAGCUCUAGGUAUGGUUUCAAAAGUGUUAACGAUGAGCUAAUUCACAGACAGUUUGUAGUUGUUGGAUCAUCUUGGUGGCGUAGAGUAACCGCAGAUGUAGUUUUUCCUCCUCCGGGUUACGUGAACACGAAGAUUAUAUCUGCUAUUUACGUGAUUGAUCAGACUGGAGGAACAAAUACUACUACAGGAUAUGCAUCGUUAUCCAAAGGUGGUCCUGGUGAAAAGAAUGUGACUUUGCAUAUCAAAGCUCCGUAUGGCGUGGGUUUAAAUUUCACUGUGGAAAUUUAUGGAUUACGAGAUUAUAAUAUAGUGAAUCAUAGAUUGGGUUACGGCAGGUAGAAUGGGCUGGCGAUUGAUGAAGUUAUCGAAUCAUGGUUGGAAGAAAGUUAUCUACUUCCAAAAGUUCAUGAUCUGUUUGAUAAUCAAUUUAUAAAAAUAUUGUGACGGCAAUGCCACAUCCAUAACUUUUUAUUUAUUAAAAUUUUAAUUGUAAAUUUUGUAAACUUUAUUAUUGAAAAAUAAAUAUUACUUUACUUUUUCUUACAAUGUAA